CACACACACACACACACUCACACUCGAAACCCAUAACAUUGAGGAUUGUAGUCCGACCCACUGAUUCACACACCUGCGCAAUAUUUGACUAGCGCACACCCACCACCACGAACACGUUCCGUCACCUUUUAAUCUCAAACUGUGGUGGUUUUAUUUCGUUUUGGCGGUUAUUAUCCGUUUGUUUUACGGCGCGAUAUAAAAUGCGUCGUUCGGAUUGGGGGCGUGUCUCCGAGCGCGAGCUGUAGGAUGUAUCUCUUCUCCAUCUGUUAUUCAGUGACACUUUUAACAAGGAUAUUAUGACUCCAUCAUUUAGCAGUCAGACAGACUCACACAAACGCCUAUUUCUGGAGUAUAUAGUACAUUACGCAGAUUAGACCGCUUUUUACAACAUGUAGACACAUGCGCGAUACUUAGUCUCUCUGUGAGGGUUCUCAUCAGCAGUAACAGUGCGCUUUCAGUUCUCCUUUCUACUGAAGCUGAACGGGCCCGUCUCAUCUCAUAUUAUCCUCAAACAUGGAGCACACCGGCUGCGUCAACAUCUGCAGUCUCACCAGCACCUUACCGGUGAUCCCGUACCGGAAACUAACGGACCUGCACUACCUCAGUAAAGGCGGCUUCGGGACCGUGUUCAGGGCGCAGCACAGUGACUGGCGCACCACGGUGGCGAUCAAGUGCUUGAAACUGGAUUCACCGGUUGGUGAGAGGGAAAGGAAUUGCUUAUUGAAGGAAGCCGAGGUGCUUCACAAAGCUCGAUUUAACCAGAUCAUCCAGAUCUUUGGGGUUUGUAAUGAGCCCGAGUUCUUCUGCAUUGUGACUGAGUACAUGACCAAUGGAUCACUGGAUGAGCUUCUACAUGAGAAAGAUAUGUACCCAGUGGUGGCCUGGCCGUUGAGACUGCGUAUUCUUUAUGAGAUCGCUUUAGGAGUAAACUUCCUCCACAAUAUGUCACCACCCCUGCUACACCAUGAUCUUAAAACUCAGAACAUCCUGAUGGAUGGGGAAUACCAUGUUAAGAUAGCUGAUUUUGGCUUAUCUAAAUGGCGCCAGCUCUCUAUCACUAAAGGCUCCGGCUCCAAACCUGCCGAAAUGGGAGGCACAGUCAUUUAUAUGCCACCUGAGGAGUACGAACCUUCCAAGAACCGCAGAGCUGAUGUCAAAUAUGACAUGUACAGUUACGCCAUCAUCAUGUGGGAAGUGCUUUCAAGACGGAUACCAUUUGAAGAGGCCACCAAUCCCAUGCAGAUCAUGUUCAGUGUUCUCCGAGGAUCUCGACCCGACACAGGCCUGGACAGUCUGCCAGCAGAAAUUCCCAGUCGAGAGACCCUCAUUAAACUCAUGACCAGCGGCUGGACCGCGGCCCCAAAUGAACGGCCCUCCUUUCUCAAUUGUCUUAUUGACCUGGAGCCCAUGCUGAGAAGAUUUGAUGAGAUUAAUUUCUUGGAAGCAGUGUUGGAAGUGAAACGAACAAAGUAUAUGAGGCCAUCAAGCUGCUGCUCAUCAUCUCAAACAAAUGGGAAACUAAUCCAAGAAAAGAUUGUGAAGGAGCAAAACAUCCCUUGGCCAGACAACAGUUCCACAUCUGGAUCUGGAUCCUGCUCUUCCCACGAAGCAGAAAUAUCCCAUCCGGGCUGCCUUACCAUAUCCAAUCCCUCUCAAGGUGUGUCAGCUGCUCAGGCUGGUCCGCAGGCAUCAUUAAUAUCCCUUCCGCUUGAUCCUCCAAAACCUCUUGUGGACCACUGCUCUCAGAACAACCUCAGCCCUGAAUACCAGACGGCGCAGCAUGUGUCCGACCUCAACAUCCCGUUCAACCCGCAUGCGUCACAGAGUGAAAGUGACCUGCCUCUUCCCAUACAACCCCUCACGCUGCAGCCACAUCCACAAGAUUUUGUCACAGCAUUGGACACUCAAGGUCCGGUAGCUCGCUGGAUUGCUGCCCGAAGGGAGGAUGUGGUGCGGCAGAUGACGGAGGCGUGUCUCAACCAGAGUUUAGAUGCUCUGUUGUCCCGUGAGCUGCUGAUGCGCGAGGAUUAUGAACUGGUCGUGAACCAACCCACACGUACCGCCAAAGUGCGGAAGCUUCUAGACACUUGCGAGCGGCACAGCGAGGACUUCUGCCGCGUGGUGGUGCGGAAGCUCCAGGACAACAAACAGAUGGGCCUUCAGCCCUACCCCGACCUCAGCACCACCAGCCCUCCGCCUCCACCUUAUACCGCCCCCAGCACCCCCUUCCUCUCCAACUCCUUUAACAACACACGACUCUUCUGACCUUCUCCCAACUCCCAAUCACUGCUCUUGAACCAGAGCUCUGUGAGUCCUUCUUUCAGUUAAGGAUGGUCCCUGUUCACAUGCUCUUACGUUUGUGCUGCUUGGCCGAAACUUUGUGUGCCUGGACAAGUGCUUUUGCCCCUGUGGUUAAGGUGUUGGUGCCUAUGACACACAACUUUAAUGGUUGCAACGUACAAGACAGAUUUCGGUCAAAUAGCCACUUAGCUUGUUUUGACUUCUGAGCUAUACUGGUUGUUGGCGUAAGCCUAAAUCCUUGAUGACAGGGACACCAAUUUAAGCAGCACAGUGGUUUUACAUUGCCACGUUUUAAACCUUAUUCCAGUCAUCAAAAGAAUCUGGUUGCUGCUACUCGGAAAAGCAGUGAAACGCAUAAGCAAUCAAUUCUAUCCUGUCAAUUUGCACUUUCCAUGCCAGCGGAUUUAGUAAAAUAGAAGACUUGAGGUAAAGUUAUAAAGACACACCUUCCUGUAAUGCCACGAAACGUCCCGAUUACUGCACAGUUGCAUGUCUGGACUUGAUGAAAGCUCAUGUGAAUCAGCAGUUUUGUUCUUCCUCUUUAUAAACCAGUUUUUUUCCCACACUGCACUCAGAGUCUGUUGGUUGUUUCACUAUAGGUCAGGGUUGGUGGACGUUUUGCAGUAGACCUUUGUCAGGGUAGAUGCAGUUAAGACUGUAAGUUGAAAAUUGCAGUGUAUUCAAUGGGUUCUACAACAAAUACAUCUUGAGAAUUAGACAUGACUUUGAAAAUUAUGACAACCCCAGCUUUUGAACAGAUGGAAUGUUGCAUACUGUAUAUUGUGGCCCAUUUGCUUUACUUAAUGAGAAGUCCAUUAAAUAAAGUACAAAAUAAAGUCCAUUGGCACACCAGUGGUUCAGUGGUUUGGCCAUUAAGGGAAACUUCACCUAAAAUGAAAGUAUUGUCUUCAUCGUCGUCAUCCUCAUGUCAUUCCAAACCUAUAAGACUUUCUUUCUUUUGAAAAAUGUUUUUGUCAGUGGGGUCCAGUGUCCAGUUUUGUUUGGACCCCAUUUACUUUUAUUGUGCGAAAACAUUCUUCAGGAGAAAUGCCAACAAGUUAGCUUUGGCAUGUUUGGAUUUUUGUGGUCUAUUGAAGAAUUUGUAGAUUUUUUUUUUUUUUUUUUUUUUUUGCCCAGCUGCAAAUGGAACAAACCAAGCUCCCUGCCUCUCUGGGUUUUCCAUUGAGCCAAUCAGAUGUGUCAUUCUUUCCUUGUUUUUUUUUUUUUUCUUUUGGUACAGUGACUACUGUAGCAUCCUGUUAGUGAGCAAUAUUGGAUGAAGCUGACUCAAUCCAGGCUGAAUCGGUUGGUACACUGGAGUCUACAAUGAUAGAACUCACACAAACUGGCUGAGACCAACAUUACACACCAGCCUUUUCUUCUCGGUCAUGUUUUUGAUGUCUUAAAUGGCAUGUCAAUCAAAUGCAUUAACUCAAUAAAUAAGAUAAUCAGAGACCCUGUUAACUGAACCAUAUGUGGCCCAGAGUUGUUCACACUUCAGCUUAGAUAAGUUUCUUUUCAUAAAUGUGUGCCAUCUACCGUAUGUAGCCUAGUUUGCACUGGUUACCACUGGCUCCAGAUGUAGCAGCAGACAGAGCACAGUUUACAGCACUUUUAAAACAUAAAAUAGACUCUAGCUGAAGCAACUGUGUGAAAUAUUCUGAUGUUUCCAUCACAUCUGAAUAGAUUUGAAGAAAUGCAAUCGGCAAGAUGCUUUUUUUUAAGAAACAGAGUAGUGACUCUUUACUACUGUUUAUCCAACCGUUGCCAGUUUAGAGCAGUUUUCUGCCAGGUCAUUUCAAAACUAAACCAAAGGGAAUGAGUUAGCACUGUCAAUAUUCUACUGAUCCUCAAGCAGAAGGCAAAUGGAAUUUGUGCUGAUGGUUUGGUCUUUUUUAGCUUGACCCAUGAGCCAAGCAUAUGCUUGUUGAUAAUAUGAAGCGUUCGGUGAGGGUUUUGCUGUUCUCCAGUGUUUUCAGGCAUUGAAUUCCUGUGCUGGUGGGGUUGCAUGAUUCUUUGCUGUAGACUUCCCCUCUGUUCAAACAGACAUUGUUUUAGAGGCCUUAUUGUUACAGAGGUGAUGUAUUUUCCUUGAAUAUGUCCCCUGGAAUGUCCUGAAAUAGUUUUUUUUUUCUUCGCUAAAUUGCUCAUGCUGUAGUUUUGGACUUGAUUUCGAUGCAUGUUGAUUGAGCAUCACACUGAUAAAUACUGAGCAGAAUUCGAUUCAAAGUCUCGCUAAGUUGGUGUUUGAUGUUAAUGAAUCCUUUUCAAUGCAAGAAUCAGAUUUGUAGUUGUUAUUUACACUUUUUAUUACAGAUUUGUUUGUUGACUUUCCUUGUUUUGGGACCAGUUAUGAUAUAAAGAGUAUGUAUGGCCUGUUAUUUUUUGUAUUUAUUUAAAGAGUUUCUUAGUGAUAAUUGACAUGCAUCUUAAGUAUGCGUCAUGUAAUGGGUUGUUGUGUAUUUUUCUAUGAAGUUUUGCAAAUGAUGUUGUGUGCCAAUCUGGUGAUGCUUCGAGGCUGAAUUCAUCUUUAGAUUAUUCUGUGGCUGAAUCUACUUUAGCGCUCAUCUCAGCAAUAUAUCAGAAAUAUACUGAAUUGCUUAAUGGGCUUAUUAGGUCUGGAUACAAAAAGUGUUGUGUUUUUAUUCAUGUCACAUUUAAAAAUCACCCAGGCUAGGGUUUUAUUUUAAAUGACUACUACUGAUAUCAUUAUUCAGUUUUUGCCUUGAAGCUCUUAGACUUGACAUAAAUGGCUUGUCAUCAAAGAUUAAAUGACAAUAAUGUAUAGCAUAUGUAGCAGUGUACAAGUGUACAUCUGUGCUCUGGUACUAUGUGAGGUGCUUCCACAAAGCGUGAUGUGUGAUUAAAAUGUGUAGAAUUUC